UCGGCGAUCUUGAGGACAGRGGCCGUGGUGAUGGUUUGCUUGAGUAAUUCGAAAGCGUGUUGGCACCAAUGGAAGGGCUCGUCCUCGCGGGUGAGUUCGUGGAGAGGGUAAGAGAUCUCGGAAAAGUUGCGAAUGAACGGGCGGUAAUAGUUGGCAAGGCCGAGGAAGGAACGGAGUUGGAGGAGGGUCUUGGGUGGGGGCUACUCGACGAGGGUUGUGACCUUCGAGGGGUCCAUACGGAUGCCUUCAGCGGAGACAAUGUGGCCGAGGUAUUCGACGCUCGAAGCGGCAAACGUACACUUGCUGAGCUUGGCGUAGAAUUUUUGCUCUCGGAAGAUCGAGAGGACUUGGCGGAGGUGUUAAAGGUGAUAGUGGAUGGGUUUGGGAGAAGGGUAGAGGAGCAUGAGGCAAUGGAGGAGGUCGGCGGGGGGGUGCUGCUGGAGGCGGCUGUGGAGGAGGGAGUGCUCUGCGCUGUGGAGGAGGGAGGUGCGGCCGUGGUGACGACAGUGAUGGAGGGGUUGUUCCCUUCGAGCGUGGUGACGCGGUCGGAUAUGGACGAUAUGGUGGCCUUUAUGUCGUUGAGAGAGGCGGUGACGGAGGUUUGGAGGGUGUGGAGUGUGUCGAGGAUGGCAGAGAGGUCGGGGGUGGUGGUGUUUGCUGGUGGUUGUUCGCCUGCGAGGUUUCGGGCGAUGCUAUCGACUGAGUCGGUACGGAUGUCAAACAUGUUGAUGGAGGAUGCGGCCAUGUCGGGGGAAGAGGGGGUGGAGGACGUGGCCUGAACGGAUGUGGAGGAUCCAGCAGCAGCGGUGGCGGCGGCAGCAGCGGCGGUGGCGGUGGAGGCGCGUUGGGAGUUCUUGGUUUGGCAUGGUGGCAUGUGAAGGUGGGGGGGGCAAUCCUUUAUUUAUUUAUCAAUAAAUUCAAAAAUAAAGAUAAUUCAAUCAUAAUUGCCAAGAUUUUUUGGAAAGUAGGAAAUUUUAUUUAUUCGAAAUUAAUUUGGGUAGAACAAAAUUUUGAAGGAUCC